GUUACUUUACUAAGGUAUAAAUUAAUCUUUGCCGAUCGAUUUAUCGCAGUAAUAUUUCUGAUUAACUAACAGAACAUUGUGCUAUUAUUUUAAAAUGCUUUAUUCAAUAAUAUUUUUUCUAAAUAUUAUUUUUUUAACAUCUUUUGUUUCAGCUGAAGUUCCAUCAUAUAUACCAAUAUGUGGUCGAAGAAAUCCAAAUUUGAAUGAAUGCGUAAAAAAUAGUGUAGAUACUUUACGUCCAAAACUACGUGAUGGUAUACCCGAGCUUGAUGUACCUUCAACUAAUCCCCUUUUUAUGGAAGAAGGACUUCCUCUAGCUGAUUCACCAGAUUUUAAAGCUGGAGCUAAAAAUGUAAAAAUCUUCAAUGCUCUCGAUUUCGAAGUUAAAAGACUCAACGUUGAUCUUGAAAACAAGAAAAUAGAUAUUGAUAUUUUUUUCAAAAAAAUGAAAUUGCAAGGAGAUUAUCACGUCAAAGCAAAAAUAGUUGUUCCAGUAGAAGGAUCAGGACCUAUUGACAUUGAUGCGGAGGACAUCGAAUCAAACUCAACAAUGAUUUUCAAAAUAAUCAACACAAAAAAGGGCAAACAACUUUUCUUCACCAGUAUGAAGUGUAAGCUAAGAAUAAGAGAUUACAAAUCUACCUUUGUUGCUAAAGCCGGAGCAAAUGAUCAAUUUGCCGAUGCUAUAAAUGCUGUUAUUAAUACAAAUCGUGUUGAAAUCAUUGAAUCUCUUACACCUAGUCUUGAAAAAGCAAUAGCUUCUAAAUUACUUGAAUUGUCUAAUCGAAUAUGUAAAAACUUUACAUACGAUGAAUUAUUCCCUGAUCGAGAGUAAAUUUUUUUUAUAAAUAGUAUAUUGCGUGACGAGGGAUGAAACGAUACGUUUUCAGAUGAGGAUGAAGUUGACUGUCCGAAUCGAAGUUGGUCGACGUCACCCGAAAUCUGAAGUCGUGUUUCAUCCCGUGCCAUGCACUAUAUUUUUCAUAUUACCUGCAUUGAUACUGAGAGUUUUAAUAUCUGGAGUCAGUCAAAUCAGGCUAAUUUCUGACCGAUAGUGUGGUAAAAAAAAAUAAUGAUACACUUUAAAUAUGGAAAUUUAAGUAUUUUAACAAGAAAAACAGUGGCUUUUUAUUAAUUUAACAAUUGUUGUUAUCGGAACUCAUAUUAUUUUUUUAGUUUUUAAAAUACAACUUAUAGUUUGUUUGGUUAUUAGAAUGUCAUAAAUAUUCAGAGGUUUACAAUAAACACAUGCACUUCUGACAAGGAUGAAAUGAAGUCAAAACCUAAUUUAACGGACAGAAACUAAUGAGUUUCUUACCGAGAGAAGAAAUUGAUUAGUUUCUGCGCGAUAAAUCGCAUUGGUCUGAAAUUGGCUUGUUACGACUGGCAAAACAGGCAUUAGAACUCGCAAUUUCAAUGCGGGUAAUAUGAAAUAGUAUGUUACACACCGCGGGAAGAAAGUAGGACAUUCCAACCCUCGUGUAAUUUUCUAUUCCAACUGAAGACGAGGAUGGCAAUCACGCGGAUUCGGAUGUCCUAUCUUCCUCUGCGGUGUGUAUACUGUUUGUUACUUGCAUCUGUAUAUUUAAAUUUUUGCCUCUGUUUGAUAAGAAGAAAGUAAGACUUUCCUCCCGCCAAACAGGACAGGAAUUCAAAGUUUUAGUACAGGUGUGGUGAAAAUGUUAUUUCAAUGAUAAAUGCGAGUACACGGAAAGAAAAUCAUGGCAGAGGUUCCCAUAAUUCUAUAAAAAUUUUUUCUAUACCAACAUAGGAAUUAGAACCAUAAAUUAUGGGAGCAGUUCCUAUAAUUAUAGGAAUGUUUCCCAUAAUUAUAGGAACAGUUCCUAAAAUUAUGGGAAUGCGAGCCAUAACACUAUAGGAAUGGUUCCUAUAAUUAUAGGAAUGGUUCCUAUAAUUUAUAGGAUUUGUUCCCAUAAUAUUAUGGGAAUCAUUCCCAUACUAUGUAGGAAUGAACCCUGUAUUUUAUAGGAAUCAUUCCCAAAAAUUAUAGGAACCAUUCCCAUAACAUUGUAAGAAUGGUUCCCAUAAUGGUAUGGGAACUAUUCCCAUAAUAUUAUAGGAAUGGUUCCCAUAAUGCUAUUGGAAUAGUUCCUAUACCAUUAUUAAUUUUUAUGAUUUUAUGGGAGUGGUUCCCAUUACAUUAUGGGAGUGGUUCCCAUUACAUUAUGGGAAUAGUUCCCAUAAUAUUAUAGGAAUAGUUCCCAUACCAUUAUGGCAAUGGUUCCCAUAAUGAUAUGGGAAUAUUUCCCAUAAUAUUAUGGGAAAUAUUCCCAAAUUGGUAUAGGAUCUAUUCCAAUACCAUUAUGGGAAUGGUUCCCAUAAUGGUAUGGGAACUAUUCUCAUACUAUUAUGGGAACUAUUCCCAUAAAUUAUGGGAACCAUCCUUAUAGUAGUAUGGGUACAAUUCCUAUACCAUUAUGGGAACUAGUCCCAUAAUGCAUAGCAAAACUUCCUAUAAUUUUCUUUCCGUGUACAUCAUAUUUACUUUUAUGAAUAAUUGUGCUAAACUUUUUUUGAUGUAAUGGUACUUGAUAUUGACCCUGUAAUACACGUGAGAAAGAGCGCACGUGGCUCCUGCAAUCAACAAAAAAUACUUGCUUGUCAAGUUGGAUAAGUAAUAAUAGAUUUAAAAAAAAAUAUGUAGACAACUUUUUUAUGCCUCAUCACAUCGUAAAUUUUUUUCUACGUAUCUUGUAAAAUGUGAUUAUAAAAUAAGGAAGAAAAUAAAAAAAAUUUUAAUUUACAUAUAUUGUUUGACCUUCACAGAAUGCCCGUUACCCUAGCGUGAUUCAUAUUUUUUUUUCUAACUUAAAUUAUUGUUUUUUAUUUCCUUAGUAAUAUACGUACGUCUAAAUCAAUUUGUUAUAAAUUGUAAUAAAUUUUUUUUUUUUAUUUUUAUAUACUUACAGCACAUUAAAAAAUAUAAUUUAUAAAUACAAUGAUUAACGUUGUCAAAAAUUACUUAUCUUUUUGUGUAAUCGAUUACAGAGAACUAUGAAAAAAAUUGUUAGAUAACAUUUUAUGAUUAGCUAACCAAGUAGAUAAAUUAUUAUAGUUUAAGUAUUACGUGAUCUUGAAAAUUCCUCUUGGCAGAACAUAUUGAAUUAAAUUCAUCAUUUGAUUAUAUAUUACAAUAAAUAUACUUAAAUUGUUCAUUCAUUUGAAAUAAAUUCCCGGGAAAAAAAGUUUAGAUCUGCAUUUUGUCUAUAUCUGCCCAUAUCAAGUUAGAUCUGAACAGAUCUAGGCAGGUCUAAACUUCUUUUCCUAGAUUAAGGAAACUUCUGAUAAUAUUUUUAAGAAAAAAAGUAUAAAUUUUAAUAUUAUUAAUAAAUGGGAAGUAAAAAUAAAAAAACAAAGUACUCGCACACAAACAACAUUGAAACAUUUUAUUUUAUUGAAAGAAAAAUAAUUAAUAAAUACAAUUAAAUUUUUUACAUCUACUGACAAAGUUAUUUAUCGACUUUUUUUUUUUUUUGCGUAAAUCGCAGAUCUCAGUGAUCGUUUAGAUAUUAUUCAAUAACUUACUGCUAUUUCUCACCUUGAUCUUAAAAAAAAAUAAUAAUAAAUUUUCUAAAUUACAAAUUGCCGAUUUUAUCCAGCAUAAUCAGUCGGAAUUACAGAGUUUAGCUGUUCUUUUUAUAAUUAAAAUUAUUUAA